GUGCUGUUAUGCCCCAUCACCCAAGUGAUGUUCCGUGACCCCGUCUUCAUCCCUGAGAGCGGCAACACCUACGAGCGCUCCGCCAUCGAGACGUACUGGUCGGGGCGACCGAAGUGCCCCCGAGAUCCAUUGACCAAUGUGUCAUUGUCCGGCACCCUGUAUACGAACUGGGGCCUUCGGCGGGAGGUGCAGAGCUUUCUGGAUGAACAUCCCAGCUAUGUGCCGCAGGGCUGGGAGGAUCGCUCCGUGCCGGUGCCUGCACAGCUUCCGAGCUCCUCCAACCAGCCACGCAGAUGGAAACGAUUAGUCUUCUGGCUCCUGAGCUUUUGCUUCUCGAUGGCUGUGGUCAUUGAACACUUCAAGUCGGAGAGUGCUUUCUAUUGGCCUCAGCUCGAGACGGAGGACACCGCGGACGUGUCGUAUUUGAAGGUGCCAAAGAACUCUCGGCUCGAAGCCUAUCAGGUGGCCGGCCGCCUGGUGAUCAAAGUGCCAGCACCAGGAUUCCAGGCCAGUGUGAUUUGUCCCCUGAUCUUCUCAGUGCUGUGGCUGAGCUUUGUCUCCUACUGGUCCAUCACUGCCUGGAACAGCGGCGUGCGGAUGUUUGUGGCUUUCGCGCUGCCCUUUUGGGCGGUCGGCGUGAUGCUUUUUCUCAGCACCUUGCUCACACCCAGCCUCUCACAGACGUUGAUCGCAGGGCCUUUGGAGUACCAGGUGCAGUCGCAGGUCUUGCAGCUGGGCAUCAGUCGCUUCGCGGCCAAGGUGACGGACCUGGAAGAGGUCCCAGGGCUCUACUGUAUGUCCGAGCUGGAUUGCAGGCUGAUCCUGCAGGAUGGCGUGCAAGAAGUGGCAUGGCGGCCAUUCAGCAGCUUUCUGUGCUGGUUUUUCACCAUGAAGGAGGAUAAAGAUUGGCGAGGAGGCCCGGUGUCGUCCUUCUCUGCAGACUUUUCCUCAGCACCGGAGUGGGGCUCGCAACGCUUGGCGGUCUUGGAGCAUCUGGAACCCUCCAUGAAGGUUCGCUUGGAGAUCUUGGAUGUGGCUGUUCCCCUGUCCAAGGGCUAUCCGCUGUCCCUGAACGUUCAAGCCAAGUCGGUGGACGCCAUGGAGGUUGCAUGCAAGGAAGCCACCGCUGUGCGAUCCUCCAUGGUGAAGCGCAUCGAGUGGCGGGUGGGGCGCAUCUCGGAGCAUGUGAACGCUGUGCGCGCAGCGGCCAAUUCCAUGGGAGAAGAGGAGGGCUGGCAGCCAAUCGUCUCCCCGCCCUUCGCAGCCGGUGGCUUCGAAAACCUUCAGCUCCACUUAUAUCCCUUGGGCUAUCGAGUGAAGGGCGAGGAUUCCUGCGGCUUCUUUCUGGUUUGUCCCAAAGGUAUGUAUGUGAAGUGCAAGGCCUUUGUGGGGGAUAUGGUGCGCGUUUGGGAUCACUACUAUGAGGAGAGGGAGCCCUACGGCCGUGGCAACUUCUGUCGGCUUCUGGACAAGGUGGAGAACGACGACAGCAUCUUGUGCGGCAUUGAGUUGCAGGAGAUCCGCCUCGAGCAGCAAACUCAGGUCCGCGGUGGGCCUUUUGGAAGCGUCGUUGACGAAGUGAAGUUGAUCGCUCAACCUUCCACCGGAGGCAUGGAGAUGGUCCGGGAGCUUCGUGAUCACAGCUUGAAGGCCAAACGCAAAGUUCACAGUCGAUCAGCCAUGCAGCAAUAUGCGCAUUUGGCGCCUGCCAUCGAUGAGAGGCCGGGAGCACCAGAGCGAAUCCCGGUGCCUCUACCAGGUCUCGGCGGAUCCAAGAGUUCGCCGCAGCUGCCGGCCGUCGGCCUCGCGGCGUCGCCGAAGAAGUUCGAGCCACUGCCGAUUUCCCCAUCGAAGCUCUCGAAGUGGCGCUGA